UAUCAAACUUCUGUGAAUCCACAUGAAGGCAUGUGGAGUGAAAGGCUCUUUGAUGUAUCUGCGAAUUAACAUGGAAUCAUUUUCCCGAGCGCUCUUCACCCAAAGUGCAAUUUAGAAGAGAGCCCACAAGAGGCCCCCAAAGAUGUUGCUAGUCAGAGCUACGGCAACGGCGUAAAUCGCACCCUUGGGGUCAGCAAGCCAUCAGAGAAAGCACUUGCUGUGACACAACUUCGAGGCAUCUGCUGGCUGCAGUGAUUGAAGACUGUGAGUGUGGCCAGGAGGAAAGGUAAGUGAGGAAGCAGAGGACCCAGAUCAGCACCUUUGGCUCAGAGUCUGAGGCAGUUAGCGGCCUCUCACUGGCCCACUCUUGUUUGUGAGCAUCAAGGCAGAUGGUGAGCAACAAAGCAGCAGGGUUUAUGGUGAGCCAUUCCUCACCAGCACACAGAGCACCACGGAGAAGGUGCAAAGACAUCUGUGUGAACACCUAUCAAGUAGGCAGCAGAGACUGGUAUCAAGACCUGGCUUAAGAUGGGAAUCAAAAUCCAACAGCAUGUUGCUAUGCAAUUCCCCAAAGAGUUUAUUGUCCUUCUGCCUUCCUGGCCCUUGAAUCUCUUAGUUUUCAUAGGAAGAUUGUUUUGCUCCUGCUUUUCUCCCUAGCUCAGCAAUGGGCUCUUUUCCCAGAGCAAGUUUUUAAGCUAAUUUCAAAAAAAGGCUGUUUCCCCAUGAGACAUUGAGGAAGCAGUUGUGCUCUCUGACGUGCCAUGGCACGCCUGCGGGCACUGCUGUGCUCCAAGCUCAAUCUGUGGUACCUCCACUGAAUCAGGUGGUGUCUGUCCAGUGGGACUUCUUGCCCUUACAGACACUUUUUUUCUUCCUUUCCUUCUCAGAAGAAUGGGACAGUCACAUACAGCACUGGGGGCCCACCCAGAGGUCAUAGUAGGAGACUGGAGAUCUGGCCUGGAAAAAUAUUUGGAGUCAAGAAUGUUUUGAAAGACUAGACUAGAGGGGUCAGGCAUGUGAGGAGAAAGAUUUGCUAUUUGUAGCAAGUCCAGUGUCAGCUAUGUGAACAGAGAGACGGGGCUGGAGCUGCAGUGUGGGAAAGCAGGCAAACAAGCCUGGCAGCUUCUUUAUGGCUAAAGGGUUUGGAUGCUGACAUGCUUUUCAGGUUUGUUUUGCAGGGAGGUAUUCUUUUCUUUGAGACAUUGGUCUCGGUGCUUGAGACCCUGGGGGAAGCGGGAGACUGGUCAUCCAUGUCAGGUCAAUGAAGAUGGAUGAAAACCUCCUUUCAUUCUCCUUUUCCCCCUCUUCCUCCUAAUGUUUUCUCCUCAUUUUCUUAUCAAGGAGACAGCUUUCCUCAGCUUGCUCUCAUCUCCUCACUAGACCCAUCACAAUCUGCCUCUUGGGUUUCCUCUCACAUAUUUCCAUUCAUUUUCCUUCUUAACCUUUCCUUAGUAUGCCAGUUUUUAAAGAAUGCAGAUGAUUCUCAACUCUAAUUUUUGUCCAAUACCCUCCUUUUCCUCCUGGUCAACACCAGUUUCUGGAUCCUUACUCUUUUCUUGCCCUCCCCUCUCGCCAGUUUCUCUGUCUUUAAUUUCUUUUCUGUCAUAUGCUUUAUCUCCAGUAUUCCUUGCAAAAUCUGUGCCCAUACAGCCUAUUACCUGCAGCCUUGCCUAUCGUCCCACACACCUCUGCCUGCCACUGAGAGAUCAUUUUCUCACAUGUCCCUUAGACCACAUCACCUGCCUCUUUGCAUCUUCCCUGGGCUCCCUCUGCUCCAUCAUGUCAAACAUCAUGCCUGCACUGCUGGCACCGCUGGGCUUGUUGCACUGUCACCCCUUGGUGGGUUUGGAGGAGGCACCCCCAGAUCCCAUGAGGCCAUACCGCCACCACCAACUCAUGCUGCCCACUUCCAACCCAAUGUACAUUUUGCCAGAGGCCUUCUGCUCACGUCUACAGCCUUAGGGCUGUUUUGGAUUUGAUCUUAAUACUCUCUUUGGCAUCAGUCCCUGUAGAUAACACUCCCUAUCACUGUCUAUAGUCAUCACUCCCUGUGAUGCCUAUAAAAACGUGUGAUAGCAGAUAAGCUACCAAGCAGAAUUGUCAAAACCUCUGACCAACUCCAUCUCACCGUGUUUGACUCCUUUGUCUGUCUGUGAUCCCUUGGCUGAGAGUAUGAUCCUCCUGGGGCAUGACAAUCCUUUGGCCUUUAUCUUCUCGGCACAGUGAGUGCCACAACAUGAUCAUGGCACUAGUCUCUUUAGUAAUACUGAUGUUGGUAAGAACAGAAAAUUACACAUAGCUCCACAUUCAAGGGGUGCAACAGCUCUCUUAAAUUAGAUAGAAACUAGAAAGGGGCCUCGCCUGGAGAGAAAUGGGAUUGGGAAUGAAGGAGUGGAACUCCAUGGUGGCUUUCACACUGAUGCUCUUCGUGGGAGAUGAGAGCCUGAGGGUCUUGCUCUUCAGGCUGAGUCAAGGGUUAUCUGUUUUCUGGUAAACACAGAGCUAGAUAGGCAGGCAGACCCCAGCCUCACAGACUGAAAGGAAAGAGCUGCUCAGAGUUCCCAAAAAGCAGAUUAGGAGCCCAUGAGGCUCAGAAGACAGCUUGGGGCUGUGCAUCCGAUGAGACGGGUGCUGCUUUGGUGCAGGACGUUGAUGAGCAGAUCCAGGACAGAGGCAGGAUGUUUCCUGGUGGAAGUCAUCAAUCUGUUCAGCAUGCUGGUCACUGUUACGCCCUUCUCGAGACACCUCAUACUGCUUUUUCAUUGGAUUGGGACCAUGCCUAUCCUGAGGUGAUGUGUGUCAGUCUUGGAGUGAGGUGUUUAAAGGCAACACAUGGCCUAGGUUUGGCUGGGGAGCAGGGCUUACCACGCUUGUGAAAAUAUUUUCUCCUGCUACUCAGGUAAUUGCAAGCCUGGGACCAGGAAAACAUCUAAUAGCUGAGGUUUAGGUUCAGUUCUUGAUUUCCCAGGAGCCUUUUUACAUCCAGGGAAAAGAAUUUUUAAGCCUGUCUUCUGGAGCUGCUGUCUUCAGGUCAGGCUGUGUCUGUGUUUUCAUUUCUAUAAUUCUUCGAGAACAUGACUAAUGCUUCCUGUCAGGGCUGGGUGACCAGGCAUCUGCCCGGACCAAACCCAAGCCCACUUAUUAUCUGUUGUUCCCCAGCCUGUCCAGCUUGCCUUGUCUCCCCCAGCUGAUAACACCACACCAGGAGAUGCUGAUGUAUUUUCUUGCCUUGAUACUUCUAGAAGUCAUCCUUACACAGAGGAAUGAUAGUCUUAUUUUAGUGCUUUUACAGGCUGCUUCUCUGCCCUUGUGCAGGCACUUUAACCACCCGCUGUACCAUUUCAUCAUUUGCAAUAUAAAUUACUCCUUUGUCAUCUGCAAAGCACCUAUGGGUUGGUAGCACUUGGAGGUUUUUGGUUGGAAGUCACACUAUAAAAGGGACCUGUGUCUUAUUGGCACCCAGAAUUUUUAAAGUUGUUGGCAACACAGCUGAUCAUAUCUAACUUCUUGGGUGGGAAAAUGCACAUUUUCUUGACUCUGGGGAAGUGCUCUGCAGUCUCCUUUGCAUCCCCACUAUUCUGAAAAUACUCAUUUUCCCAGUCAUUGAAGGAACACAGCCUUUUUUUACCCAGCAGUAGCCAAGGUAUGAUAGCAUAAACUCAGAGCAGCAAUUUCAUUCCCUUUAGGUAGUUUUUUUUUGGGUUUUUUUUUUUUUUUUGUCCAGUUCUAUGGUUUGGUCAAAAUAUUCAGACGUGGGUGUUGAUGAGGGGCAUGCGAUCCAAGGGUCUUCAUCCCUCUGUCUCUUGUCAAUGUCUUCUGAGGGAGGUGGUACUGGAGGGUUUUGGGUGCCCCAUACAGCUCCAGGAGAGGCAGGAGGAGGACGCCUUUCCGAGGACGCCUUUCCCAGGCACCUCAGCAGCACAUGGUUGCCAGCAACAGUGAGGACAAACACCCCGAAAGGGGCAAAGCGGGUUCCCAGCAGCUCCAGUAUCCUGCCACCUCUCUUCUUCCUCUCCAUCUCCCUUCCUCUCCCCCUCCUUUGGCCGAACUCACAGCUGGAGUGGGCAGCUAACACCUUCUUCAGGGCGGUGAAUCUGACUUUGCAGCAUCCCCCCCUGGCAGCCCCAGGAAGAUUUCUGGCUGCGACUGCCAAAAUUCCUGCCGGGGACUGUGCUGCAAUGCAGCACACCACACCCCCGCGGGCGCGCAGCCCCAGCCCGGACAGCCGCUGCUGCUCAGCCCUAGCCUUGCGCCGACGGCGGCUUCCCUCCUCCUCUUCCCGACGAGCCCGGAUGAUUCCAGGUUGCUUUUGGCAUUCCCUCCUGCAGGCGGUUGGCGUCCGCAGCGUGUGUCAGCGCAGCCUGGCGCACGGUCGGCUCCCCAGCGCUGCGCCUGCAGAAAGCGCUGGCUCCCCGCAGGGAUCGGCUCUGGUUUCCCCUCUCGUUUCCCUCGCACGCUACACCCGAAUUCCAGACGCCUUCUGGCUGCGCUGCUGCAUGGACUCAGAGCCCAGGUCCUUUGCCAUACCCAGCGGAGGCAGACGGGGCUUCCCGCAGCUCCAGGGAGCGGACCAUGGAGACAUCAAUUGUAUUUUUGCUUUGCAUCUCAGUUUUCCCAGGCUUUUCCCAGGGCAGAGUUGUUGGAGAGGAUGAAACCGGUUUUGCUGAGUGUAAUAUGUUCUUCUCUGGACAAGUCCCGCCCGAAGGAUUUACAGAGCCGUUCCACGUGAAAAUCUGUCAGCAAUACAACAAAAAGCCACGCUUCGCAACCCUCUACAGUACUAAAGACAAAAUACCUCUUUAUUCAGCUUUUAAGUAUACAAAGCCAGGCCAAAAUGAGGAGGAGAACUGGCUGGUGGAGCCGCAGAUAGAUGAUCCAGAAAAUGACCUGCAUGAGAUGGUGCAUGAAGCCGAUGUCAUUGGCACUGUGGCCAGCCUUGGUGCAAAUCAAGCCCUGACCUCAGACUACGUGGGCUCCGGUUAUGAGAGAGGGCUGCUCAAUCCCAGCUUGCUCCAUGAGGAGGAUUUCCAGAUGGCCACGUACACACUCACAAACGCUGUCCCUCUGAGCCCAUCUCUGAGCAAAAGUUGGCACAGAGAUAUCAGGAGGGUAGUGGAGCAAGCUCUGGUCCCUCACUGCUCCAGGAAGGAUCAUCUGUAUCUCCUUGCAGGCGCAAUUCCUUCCAGUGUCCGAGUUAAAGGCAAGGUGUCGGUGCCAGAGAGCCUCUGGCUGGCAGCCUGCUGCGAUGGUCCAGAGGGAUGGUCCCUGGGACUAGUGAAAAAAAUGAAUGAUGAAAACAGCCUGGUGGACCUCAUGGUGGGAGAGCUGGAGAAGCAGCAUCUAUCAGGAGUUCACUUGUUCAAAGGCAGCUGUGGGAAAGACAAGCAAAGCCAAGAGAAAACAGAAGCAAUACUACAAGCUCUCAGUCAGAUCCACUCUGGAGAUCAAGCAGGAACAAGUGACAACCAGGAGGCCCAAGACAGCGGCUUGGUGAGAAGAGUGGCUGGCAUCAUUGCUACCCCUUUUAUCAAACUUCUGGAACUCCUCAUCUACGUGUUUGUGGAGCUGGUGAAAUUUGUGUUUUAUUUCCUGUGGCUUGUUAUCAAGCGGGUUGGUGGUACAGUUCUGGAUGGAGUCUACAGCCUGUGGAAUGGGGUGGUGUCCUACCUUAAAGCCAUCAGCAUGGUGCUCAUCAGCAUCCCCUAUGAUGUGGGGAGGGUCAUUAUCAACAUCUUCCUGGGCUUCCUGCAAAUUGUUCAAGAUGUGGCAACCCUAACCUACAGGAUUCUGCGCAUCCCUGUGGAGUUUGUCCUUCACCUGGCUGCUUUCCCUUACCACUCCAUCUGCGCCAUUCCCUCUGUCCUCAAAGACCUGGCCAUGGGCAUCGGGGGCACCUUCUCGCUGGUCAUCGAUGCCACGGCUGCACUUCUGCAUGGCUUUUACUACCUGGCUGGUCACAUAGUCAAACGGUUUGUUCCUAAAGGCUCCUCUGAUGACUGAUAGGGAUGGAAACCAAGGCUGCAAGGACACGGAGUGAAGGAGGAGUGGGGCAAUGCUUUAAGAUACGUGGCCAAACGCUGUCAAAUUUGUUCUGGUAUUUAUUGUAGUGACAUUAAUAAUAAUGAACCAACUGGGGAAUAACAGGGAGGGCUGAGGUAAUGUUGUCAGGGGUCACCACCAUUGUAACUCAAGUUCUGUCUGUUGCAAAGUGUUCGGGUUUUAUCGGUGCAGGCCACAAAGUUUCUGUGAUUUUCAGAUGUCAAGAUGCUUCCUCUGGAAGAUGCGCACUAA